AUGUAUCCCACACUGUUUCUAUCUAUCUAUCUAUCUAUCUAUCUAUCUAUCUAUCUAUCUAUCUAUCUAUCUAUCUAUCUAUGUCAGUCUCUUUCUUUCUUUCUUUCUUUCUUUCUUUCUUUCUUUCUUUCUUUCUUUCUUUCUUUCUUCUGCCUUAGGCUGUUAAAAUCUAUCUAUCUAUCUAUCUAUCUAUCUAUCUAUCUAUCUAUCUAUCUAUCUAUCUAUCUAUGUCAGUCUCUUUCUUUCUUUCUUUCUUUCUUUCUUUCUUUCUUUCUUUCUUUCUUCUGCCUUAGGCUGUUAAAAUCUAUCUAUCUAUCUAUCUAUCUAUCUAUCUAUCUAUCUAUCUAUCUAUCUAUCUAUCUAUCUAAAUCAGCUGUUAAAAUCUAUCUAUCUAUCUAUCUAUCUAUCUAUCUAUCUAUCUAUCUAUCUAUCUAUCUAUCUAUCUAUGUCAGCUCUUUCUUUCUUUCUUUCUUUCUUUCUUUCUUCUGCCUUAGGCUGUUAAAAUCUAUCUAUCUAUCUAUCUAUCUAUCUAUCUAUCUAUCUAUCUAUCUAUCUAUCUAUCUAAAUCAACUCUAUCUAGAUACAUAUUAUAGUGCGAGGAAUGAACUACUUCUCUUUGUCUCUUUCUCUGUCUGUCUGUCUGUCUCACAAUGUCCAUUUACAUUUAUACAACCCCCUCUCUCUCCCCUCGCUGUCUCUCUCUUUCUGUAUCUCUAUCUAUAA